AUGUCUUCAACACUUCCGCAACACCCGACAGUCCCAAAGGGCACAGAUAUACCCGAACCAGUGGGAAAAAUGGCCUAUGCCAGUGACGACAGUCAACUGUUUAUCCAGGGUGGCUCUUAUGGUUCUGAAAACAAAAUAUCCAGCGCCUUUAGUCUUAAUCUCACUUCCGACUGGUCAGUCGAGGAUCCUGCUUGGAGUAGGCUUGAAUUAAUUGAAAACUUCUACGGCCAGUCAGGAGUAAUGAAUCUGGGACGCUUCAUAGCCUUUGAAACCGGAAAUAACCAAAUUAAUGUGUCUAUCUAUUCCAAACACUGGGAACGACUAAAUCUCUCUCCAUCUUUCAACACACCCGACCCAGUGAUUGUAUCUCGUCAAGAUGGGAUGGUGUACUUUUUGGGCAAAAAGGGAGAGGCUCUCUUCAUGGACACGAAAAAUUGGACCUUUUCGAAUUUUAAAUCUCCUACAUUUGAUACAUUUGAGCCUACAGGGCAAAGUGCUUCAUGGUCAGCCUAUAAAGAGAGCAUUUUGAUCCCCAUCUUCAACGACACAGAUGUUGACGUGCAUAUGUAUAAUACAAGCUCUCACAUAUCGCGACCACUAAACACAGCUAAAAACCUCAAGAUUACGCCUCGGACAGGCUAUUGUUUUGUUCCAUGUAAUGAUGGGAAGCAAUACUACCUCUUUGGAGGCAGAAACGACACUGCAGUAUUCGACGACUUGUACUUACUGGAUUUGGAGGAAAAUACAUGGACGCAGCUCGAUAACUCUCGCUCUAGUAGAUCUAUGAUGGCAUGCGCUGUCAGAGAAAAGACUUUGGUAGUUUGGGGAGGCAAGUCAACUUGA